AUGACUGGGUCUGUGGACAUACACAGCCCGCCGCAUGGCGACGAAAAGGUCGCCAUGCAGCACCGUGAGAAUAUACGCCAUGUCGAUGGCGAUGUCAGCUCGAAUGAAGCCCAGCCUCAUGAGUCUGAACAAGAUGUUCCGAUGACUUUCCGCCGAUUUAUGGGAUUUGCGGCAAUGGCUUUCCUGUGGACUGGCAGUCAGAUUCCUGUUUAUCUCUUCGGCGGUAUUCCUCCCUACAUUUACGCGUCAAUCGGUGGAGCUGAUCGCUGGAUCUGGUUUGUCCUUGCAAACUUGCUUGCCUUGGCAGGUGUUUGUCCGUUUGUCGGCUCUCUAUCAGAUUUGAUCGGUCGCCGAUAUGUUGCCAUCCUCGGUGCCUCUCUCGUCUGUCUAGGAAUGAUUGUCAGCAGCACGGCAAACACCAUGAACAUUUUCAUUGCUGGAAUGGCCAUCGCCGGUGCUGGAGCGGGUGUCAACGAGCUGACUGCCUUGGCGGCGACGUCGGAAAUGGCUCCCACCCGUAAGCGUGGUGUCUAUGUCGCUGUGCUUAUCUUCACAAUCUUGCCCUUCUGUCCUUCGGUUCUCUGGGCCCAGCUCAUCGCAGCUCACAGCAGUUGGCGCUAUGUUGGCGCCUUUUGCGGCGCAUGGAGUGGCUUUGGUCUCCUCAUCACGGUCCUCUUCUACAAGCCUCCUCCCCGAACUAACUCUGUUGGUCUGAGCCGUCGUGAGGUCAUCAGCCGCAUUGACUUUUUCGGUGGAUUUCUCAGCAUUGUUGGUCUGAUCCUGUUCAUGGCUGGCAUGCAAUGGGGCGGUUAUAUGUAUUCAUGGGGCUCCGCUCACGUUCUGGCCCCCCUGAUUCUCGGUUUUUUGAUGCUGGUGGCCUUUGGCUUUUGGGAAGUCUACGGCGCCAAGUACCCGAUCUUCCCAACUCGUCUGAAGCAGGAACCUCGCACGCUCGGUCUGACCCUGGUCAUCACCUUCAUCUCGGGAGCUAAUUUCUUCUCCGUCAUCAUGUUCUGGCCUACCGAAUCUUUCAACGUUUACGGACACGAUCCCAUUGGUGUCGGUGUUCGCAGUCUUCCAGUUGGUUUUGGUAUCUUGGCAGGUGCCUGCAUUGUGCUUGUCCUUCUCAGUGUGUUCCGCGGACACAACAAAGAGCUCCUCAUUAUCAGUAGUAUUCUCAUGACUGCUGGUUGCGGUGCCCUUGCGGUCGGUCGCGUUGACAAUAUGUACCAAUUGUGGGGUAUCCUCACUCUCGCGGGACUUGGAAUUGGUGGCAUCGUCGUUCCUGCCUCGAUUAUCACGACGAUCAUCUGCCCCGACGAUCUGAUCGCUACGAUAUCUGCCCUCACCCUUUCGAUUCGUGUGGUCGGUGGAAGCGUCGGCUACUGUAUCUACUACAACGUCUUCAUCUCCAAGUUCAUCCCGGCAGCACAGCACUACAUCGGCGGAGUGAUGGUGACGGAAUUGAACAUUACGAGUGUCGAGGCCAUCACGGAAGUCAUCGAGCUGACUGGAGCAUCGCUCUUGACCGAAAUCCAGAAGAUUCCUGGCAUUGCCGGCAAUGAAACUGCUUACCAAAUGGUGGUCGGCGCCGGUCAGAUCGCCUAUGCUGAGGCCUACAAAUGGGUGUAUUAUGUCAGUAUCGCAUUUGGUAUUGUUUCCAUCGUGGCGGCAUGCUUUUUGGGGGACAUUACCAAGUACAUGAAUGAUCAUGUGGCUGUUGUGAUGUGA